UGGGCGGGUUCCGGAGAGCGCUCACUGAGACUGUAGCCAUGGAGGAAAACGGUGGCUUCCGGAAGGAACUGGUGAACAAACUACUCCAUUUGCACUUCAGGGAUUGCAAGACUAAAGUCAGCGGGGAUGCACUGCAGCUCAUGGCGGAGUUCCUGAGGAUCUUCGUACUAGAGGCUGCUGCCCGUGGGGUCUCGCAGGCCCAGGCAGAGGGCCUAAAUGUUGUGGAUGUGGAUCAGCUGGAGAAGGUGCUCCCUCAGCUGCUCCUGGACUUCUAGAGUUCCCCUCCUGUGGCCUGCCAGGUCUAGUGAAUCCACCCAGCAUCAACACCUCACUCCUGAGCGCUCCAGCUUCCAGAGGAUGGAUGGGAAGAUCCCCGCAGCUGUUACCCUUCCUAGCUGUUGCCUCUGAGUCCUUGUGAGACAGGUGCAGAGGUGCAGGGAGAGGUGAACCAGCCUGCCUCCAGACACAGCCCCCCUCCCCAGCCUUGCAUUAUAAAUAAAGCAGCUGCUGGCAGUGCCUCCUUCUUGCCACUCUACAUCAAAGCUGCUGUGGGGCCUUUUAACCACCUGACCCUCACCCCCAGGAUGCCUCCCUGAGCUGUAAAUUUGUUCUUACAAAGCAACAUCAAUAAAUCAACACCAUCUCUCUGA